CAGAAAGUUUUUGCGGAUUUCAUACGACGAAGAUGUCUUCAGCUGCGGCUAACGGUGUGAACGGCACCUCCAGCGGUGGGUUAUCCGCCAACGAUAAUAUCGCUCGUUUCGCUGCUCCUAGCCGGCCUCUCAGCCCCCUUCCCGCACACGCCUUAUUCAACGACAAGACAAGAUGCUUUGUCUACGGUCUCCAGAACCGAGCUGUCCAGGGCAUGCUUGAUUUCGACUUCAUCUGCAAGAGGCCCACACCGUCAGUUGCAGGUAUCAUUUACACUUUUGGUGGUCAAUUCGUCAGCAAGAUGUACUGGGGAACCAGCGAGACCCUUCUCCCGGUUUACCAGGAGACCGCUAAGGCCAUGGCUAAGCACCCCGAUGUUGAUGUUGUAGUCAACUUCGCCUCCUCGCGAAGUGUCUUCAGCUCAACGAUGGAGCUGAUGCAAUUCCCUCAAAUUAAGACCAUCGCUAUUAUUGCUGAAGGUGUACCUGAACGACGAGCACGAGAAAUCGCCCAUGUCGCGCGGCAAAAGGGUGUGACUAUCAUUGGCCCUGCUACCGUUGGUGGUAUUAAGCCAGGUAGCUUCAAGAUCGGUAACACCGGUGGUAUGAUGGACAACAUCGUUGCUUCCAAGCUUUACCGCAAGGGUUCUGUCGGCUACGUCUCCAAAUCUGGCGGUAUGUCGAACGAGCUAAACAACAUCAUCUCACAAAACACCGAUGGUGUCUACGAGGGUAUUGCUAUUGGUGGUGAUAGAUAUCCGGGAACCACAUUCAUCGACCACAUGCUGAGAUAUCAGCAAGAUCCUGACUGUAAGAUUCUUCUACUGCUCGGUGAAGUUGGCGGUGUCGAAGAAUAUAAGGUCAUCGACGCGGUGAAGCAAGGUAUCAUCACUAAGCCAAUUGUCGCAUGGGCCAUCGGUACUUGCGCAAGCAUGUUCAAGACAGAGGUUCAGUUCGGCCACGCUGGUUCCUUCGCCAACUCACAGCUCGAGACCGCGGCUAUGAAGAACAAGCAGAUGAAGGAGGCGGGAUUCCACGUCCCUGACACAUUUGAAGAUCUCCCUCAGGUUCUCGCUGCUGUCUACAAGAAGCUUGUCGAAGAGAAGACCAUCGUCCCUCAGCCGGAACCCGUUGUUCCUAAGAUUCCCAUCGACUACUCAUGGGCCCAAGAGCUUGGUCUCAUCCGGAAGCCUGCUGCCUUUAUCUCCACCAUCUCUGAUGACCGUGGACAGGAGCUUCUCUACGCCGGUAUGCCUAUUUCUGAUGUCUUCAGGGAGGACAUCGGCAUUGGUGGUGUUAUGUCUCUCCUCUGGUUCCGUCGUCGUCUGCCUGACUAUGCCUCCAAGUUCCUGGAGAUGGUUCUCAUGCUUACUGCUGACCACGGUCCUGCGGUCUCUGGUGCCAUGAACACGAUUAUCACCACCCGUGCCGGUAAGGAUCUGAUUAGCUCCUUGGUUUCCGGUCUCCUCACCAUUGGUUCUCGCUUCGGUGGUGCGCUUGACGGUGCUGCAGAGGAGUUCACCAAGGCUGCCGAUAACGGCCUCAGUCCCCGUGAAUUUGUCGACUCUAUGCGCAAGCAAAACAAGCUCAUCCCGGGUAUUGGUCACCGUAUCAAGUCGCGGAACAACCCUGAUCUCCGUGUAGAGCUGGUCAAGGAAUAUGUAUUGGCCAAGUUCCCCAGCCACAAAUUGUUAGAUUACGCAUUGGCUGUUGAGACGGUGACCACCUCAAAGAAGGACAACCUCAUUCUCAAUGUUGAUGGAUGCGUUGCCGUCUGCUUCGUCGACCUGAUGAGGAGCUGCGGCGCUUUCAGCGCCGAAGAGGCUGAAGACUACAUGAAGAUGGGAGUCUUGAACGGUCUAUUCGUCUUAGGCCGCAGCAUUGGUCUAAUUGCCCAUUAUCUUGACCAGAAGAGACUGCGUACCAGUCUAUACAGGCAUCCUUGGGAUGACAUCACUUACCUGCUCCCGACUUUGUCGAAUACUGGACCCGUCGGUGAAGGCAGAGUAGAGGUUUCGGUGAAAUAGAUAGACAACUGUUAUAUUCCGCGGCGUAUUUAGAGGUAUCGCAUUUCAAUGCGUUUCUUUUUUCUCCUGAUAAAUGGGAAGAG